AUCAAUUUCUACAGCAUUUUCAUAUCCAACUUCAAGAUACACCAGGGCCCAGGCACACCGCCACUAACGAGUCUGUCCAACUUCCAGUUGUUGCGAACUGCUCACCACGAGACAACUACUCAUGCAUCGUACUACGUAUAGCGUUCUUAAGUGCUAGGCAAUUGAUUACCGACAAUGAAGCGGGCGCCCACGUACUUGCAUGUGGAUGGAAUGCCGCUCACAGUACAGAACCGCCUGCAGGCCUUCGUAGUGUUCGCUCUGCUCAGCUUAAGCUUGGCAUCAGCACAGACCGCCUGCUCGGGUGGCUAUGCAAACUGCUCCGGUGGGGCGUCUCAGACAGUUUGGGCAUCCACAGCCGACGUGUGGGGCGUAGCAACCCGCUCAGCUGACUUUUCAGGACUGCUGGGCGCACCUACCUACACAGGCCGGUGCAAUUCCCCGAGCUCUGUCCUUCCAUCCAGUCUGUGGAGCCUGCGCCAGGACACAGGCCUCACCCGCAGUGCGUGGCUCAUUCUGAACUUCACGAGCGCACUCGUAGCAACGGAGGUGGCGGUUAGCGUGGCGGGCUCAAGCGCCAACGGCCAGCCGGCCUGGAUCUACCUCCGCAACGGCAAUAGCGGAUCAUCCCUGUGCGCCGCCGACGCCAUCCCGCAGGGCUGCAGCGCCGCCGCCAGCAACGGCACCUAUUGGUACAGGUGCGACCUGUCGGCCGUGUCGCCGCCACGUGCCGUACAGGCGCUGGCGUUACUCGUGGAUCCGGAUUUGGUCAUUGAUGCCGUACGGCUGAUGGGCUAUCCACCCCUGGUAUCGUCGGCGCGACCACCGCCGCCUGGCAACAGCAGCACUUACGGCGGGACGACGCCCUUCGGCUUGAGCGGUAGCAGCACCAGCAGCAUCCCGCCCGGCGCGCCCAUGGUGGGCAACCUCUGGCCGCCGCCCCCGACGCCGUCACCCCCGCUGCCACCAUCCCCGCCGCCGCCGACACCGUCGCCGGCGCGGGCGCCACCUCCCGGCAUGGUGCGGCCGCCGCCGCCGCCAGUUGCUCAGCCACCGCCACCACCUGCACAAGCUACACAAGCAGUGUCAGCACCGGCUCCAUCACCGCCCAGCCCUCCACGAUCCGCAGCAGCAGGACCCGCCAUCUUCCCUCCACCACCGCUGCCUCCAUCUCCACUGCCAAGCCCCGACGGCACCGCCACGGCCUCGUCACCUCCACUGUCGCCCAGCGGCAAGGCCUCUCCGGGAAACAAGCCCAUGAAACUGCCCCCGCCUCCGCAACAAGCCGGCUCAAACAGCAAUUACAGCAAUGAUACUGGCAACGGCAACGGCGGCGGCAAUAAUGGCAAUGGCAAUGCCAAUGGCAACGGCAAUGGCAACGGCAACGGCAGCGGCGGCGGCAACAAUGGCAAUGGCAAUGGCAAUGGCAAUGGCAAUGGCAAUGGCAAUGGCAAUGGCAAUGGCAAUGGCAAUGGCAAUGGCAAUGGCAAUGGCAAUGGCAAUGGCAAUGGCAAUGGCAAUGGCAAUGGCAAUGGCAAUGGCAAUGGCAAUGGCAAUGGCAAUGGCAAUGGCAAUGGCAAUGGCAAUGGCAACGGCGGCGGCAACAAUGGCAAUGGCAAUGGCAACGGCGGCAACAAUGGCAAUGGCACCGACACCGGCACCGGCACCGGCACCGGCACCGGCACCGGCACCGGCACCGGCACCGGCACCGGCACCGGCACCGGCACCGGCAAUGGCAAUGGCAAUGGCAACGGCAGUGGUAUCACAGGUCAGGUGCCGGCACCCAGCCUACCGCAGGAGCUUCUGGCGCCGUCGGCCACACAGGCCACCGCAAUCCUGCAGCUCAAGCGGGACGUCAAGGUUCCCGCCAGCUCCGUUGCGGCCGCCCUUUCCUCAGUGUUGCGACGGGCUUCGACAGCUGCUGAUGGCAGUAGCAGCAACAGCACUGCAGCUAGCGGUGGCGGUGGCGGCAGCAACACAACCGGCGGGGGUACGGCGACUGACCUGGCAGACGCCCUGAAAGCGCUCUUCCCCGGCUCUACUAACGUGGAGGCUGUAGCAGUUGACUUGGCCGUGGAGGGGCUUGAGCUCUUGCUGGCGGCGGGCGAUGGCGGCAGUAGCAUCAACAACGACACGUGCUCGCAGCCUGCGCAGCAUCAGGCGCUGCUGCGGAUGGCGCAGGACUUUCUGAGGCUUUCGGGGCUUGGUGCUUCCGGAGCAACCUGCGCAUUUGCGUGCGACAGCGGCAGUAGCAACAGUAGCAACAGUGGCAGUAGGCGGCGGCGGGGGGUUCUGGCCGCAGCAGGUGCGGGUGACGGCAGCACCACAUGCCUGACAGCUGCUGCUGGCGGCGGCGCCAGCAGUGCAAGCCUGGACGUUACGGUACCUGAAGGUGGCGGCAGUAGCAGUGGCAGCGGCGGCAGUAGCAGCCUCGCGGGUAUGCUGGACGGCUCCCUGCAAACACAGGCUAUUGCAGGCCUGCAGCAGCUGGCGGCUGAUUACGCCUCCAGCCUGUGCGUGCCUGCUGCUACACCCGACGCCGUCACUGCUACAGCCGCCUUCAAGGCCACGUACCAGGUGGCCCUGAAUGACCUCGGUGUCCAGACCUACGCCUCGGCCGGCGGCAGUAGCAGCCUGUGUGCGACUUUGUCGGGCAGCAGCGCGGAUGGCAGUAGCAGCACAACGGACUGCCAGCUCACGCCGCCACCCACUACCGGUGGUGUGACCACAGCCUCCGCCGGCAGCAGUAGCACGCCGACAGCAGCUGCAGCAGCAAGCAACAGCCAUCGCGGCAGCAGCAAGGGCUUUGCCAAGAUCAUCAUUGCGGGGACGGUGUCGGUGGGCGUGGUGGUGGUGGCGGCGCUGGCGGUGAUGGGGGUGGUGACACGGCGGCGGCGCAUACUGCUCGAGCAAGAUCAGCUGCAGGCUCUGCGCAUGCGCUCCUACGUCCACGUCUACGACGGCCUCCCGGCCCGCCUGCAGCGCGCGGCAGAGGGCGCGCCCCUGGACCGGGCCCUGGCUCGAAGCCGCAAGCAGCUGCGCCGCAGCGCCUCUGCCGGCGACAGCAGCAGCAGCGUGCGCCGCUCCGUCCUCGAGCAAGAGACGGCGGCGGCGGGCGGGCCAGCUGGAAAGGCUGUCACCACCCGCAGCACUGGGUGGGGCGCAAGCGCCACGGCGGCUGCACGCAACUAUGGCAAGGCGAUGACGGAGGGCGGCGACAGCAACAUGGCAACAAGCGAUGACAGCGCUACAGCCUUCACCGGCGGCAGUAGCUCAAGCUGGACCAGUAGCCUGGGGCUGGCACCGUCCCCAACACCACGCAUCCCAGCGAACCGUGCCGCCCACGUCGUCACUGCUACGGCCGCCGCUACAGCCACCGCUGAGGACUAUGCGAGCACGCCGAGCCUUCCAUCGCCCAUGCUUUCGUCGCCCCGUCGCCCGGCCUCCAUCGGCAGCGGUGUCGCGGCUGCUACUGCCGCGGCUGGGGCUGCCGCUGCCCUGGCCGGCGCCGCCGCCGCUGCUACUGCAGCCAGUGACCCGGGCGAUCUCGUCACAUGCGCUAGCGGCAAUGCGAGGGCCACCAGCGGAGGCGCAAACCCGGCCAGUCGCCAGCAGCAACAGCAGCAGCGGCGGCGGCACCAGCAGCAGCAGUCCGCCGCGCGGCGGCACAGUGCCCUCGAUAAUGCGCUUGCUGCGGCGAUGGCCGCACACUCCACCCUUCGGGCGUCACAGCAGCAUUACUCACCAGCGGCAUCGCAGCGGCAGUUGGUGCUGCCGAUACGGCGAAGCCGUCGCAACUUAAUGGGUCGCGGCGGCGGCAUUGGGAGCGACAGCGGGAGCGGCAGUGACGCAGAGCGCGGCAGCGCGGGAAUGCUGCUCGUGGGGUGCAGGAGCCGCGGUGACUGGGAAGACCGGGACCGUGGUAGCAGGAGCAGCGGCGGCGGCAGCAACAGCAGCAGGCUGCAACCGCUGCCGGCGCUAGACAGCAUCCACCAGCAACAACAGCAGGGGCCGCCGCAGGUGACCCGGGUGGUGGUGCGGCCGCGCCUGGCGGCCCAGCACGGCGAUUGCCAGAAGGCCCUGCUGAUGUCGCCACCGCCGCCUAGCUCAUCAGCUGGGGGAGCUGCGCCUCCGGUUGCUCGCCAUGGCGGAGGCAGCGAGGGGACAUCUGGCAUCACUCCCAGGCAUGCCCGUGGCAGCGCAGAUAAUGAUCACAGGUUGAGCAGCGACGACGGCGAAGACGAGCAUGACGCGUUCGGCAGCUGGGUUGAGGGCGGCGCCCGUGCUGCGGGCGGCCGCGCCCGUGGCGGCGCGGACGGCUCUGCGGCGUCGGCCUCAGCAGUGGCGGCCGCCAAGGCGUCGCCGCCUGCGGCAGCAGCAGCAGCGCGGCCACGCACCGCCGUGCUGUCGCAGCGCUGCAAGCCCAUCCGGCCCCGCUCCGGCGCGCGCCGUGUGCGUGCAGCGGCGGCGUGUGGUGGUGGUGGUGGUGGUGGCGCAGGUGGUGGCGCAGGCGCCAUCAGCCCGCCGUCGGCAGCUCGGCAACAGGCCAUCCGCCCUACUACUGCACUGGGGCCUCCGGCUCUGCGGGCAGCGGCAGUGCCUUCGGCUGCUGCUGCAACUUCGGCGGCCGGUGGUAGUGGCGCUACAGCUGCUGCAGCCAGUACACUGAGAGGUGGCGGCGGCAGCCUGCUUGCCCGCGCCGUUGCCACAGCCGGCUGGGCCUCCGCCUCCUAUCCUGCGGCCUCUGCCCCCACGACCAGCUGCACCACCUCCGCCAAUGGCCUGCUGCUGCCACAGAAGCGGUCGUGGCCGCGUCUUGCAGCGCCUCCAGUUGCAGCAGUGGCGCCCUCUGCCGCCGUGACGCCCUCUGCACCCUCAGCCGCAGCCGCCGCCACUCCAAGUGGUGCUGCUGCAAGCCUGCAAGCGGCCCCAACCUUCAACAUCACCGGUGCUGUUACCAAGGACAGCAAUGAUGACAUCCGUGUCUGGGACGUGACGAGUGAUGAUGAGGAGUUGCUGUUCACACCAGCAGGAAUGGGGGCGGAGCCAGUCUCAUCAGCUGUAGCUGCGGCGGUUCGUGCCACGCCACCACGACCCGUAGCCGUGGCCCCGCACUUCCGCAACGCUGCAACGGCGCAGGGUGCUUUUGCCUCUGCGGACGCCGCCGCUGCCGCCGUCGCCACCAGGCUGAUGCUGCAGGCGCCGGCGCAACGCUCUUCUGCCCCUUCCGUCUUGUCCGGUGUGAGGCUGCGGCUGCCGCAGCGGGCCCGGAGCUCCCUCUGCCGGGUCCCGCAGCCGCUGGGGCAGCAGGAGGGAGUAGUAGUGGGUGAAGUUGGGCCGUCGCCGACGGCGACAGCGCUGGCAUCGCCGCCACCCGCCCCGGCGCCGGCAGCGCUGCUGUUCACAGUCGAGUCCCUGACAGCAGCCGCCGGCUUGGGCCAGCAGCAGCAAGCGCCUGUCUUAGACGGAGCUGACAGCGGCGCCGCCGCUGGCAGCGGCAGCGUCAUCAGCACGGGUGGCUUGCGCCCUGCGCUGAAGCGGCCUGGCGCACCGCCGGCGCUGCAGCCACCGGCGGUAUCGGCACCGCUGGCAUCACUUGUGCCGCUGCCGCUGCCGGGGGCACAGGGGCCACUGGCUGCGGGUGGCAGCGACGCAGCGGCCAGGGGCCAGCGGACCGCGGCCGGUGGCGCAGCUGCUUCGGUCCCGGGAGGGAAGGUGGACGCGGUGGGGCUGCGGGGGGCUGGAGGCAGCAGUGUGACGGUCGCGAGGCGGCGGCCGCGCCAAGGAUCCUCCUCUUCUGCUACAGCCUGCAGGGCGCCCCACGCCAGCUGGCGGCGGCGCCGCAACAGCAGCAGUGCCUCUGCCGCCGCAAUGGGAUUCACGCUCGUGGUCUCGCGCGUGCGCAUCGGCACUUGCGCCAGCAUCGAGGGCCCCUGUCUCCAGUUCCGGACCAGCCGGCGCCCGCUGCAGCCGCCGCCGUCAGGUCCUGCACCUCAGGCCGACAUGAUCGCAGCGAUGGCACCAGCAGCAGGCACACACAGCAGGCUGCCGGUCCGCUCCUUCGCCGCGAGCGUUCUGUCCCGCAUCCUACCGGGCAGGGCCCGCCCCGCCCGUAUUGCAGCGCCAGCCUCCGCCACCGCCACCGCCGCCACCGAGGCUACUAGAAUGCGCGCGGCGGCCGCGGCAGGUGUGAUGAAGCACGGCAAUGACGAAGAUGAGGCGGAGGCGGAUGCCGGUGCACAUUUCGAUAAUGCUGAUGAUGACCUACCCAGCCGGAGCCCCGCCUCCGCCGCUGCCGCGCCCCAGUGGGUGUCCCUGCACGAGCUGAUGCCGCAGCCGGGCGCCACAGCCGCGCUGCGCGCCUUCCUCCGGGGCCCGGUGUGGCGCGCGUUCAAGCGCGGACAGUCGUACACCGCGUUUGCGGCGCAGUGGCGCGGCCGGCUGCCGCGGCUGCUGCACAUCGUCACAGGCAGCAGCGACGCGGCGGCGGCCACGCGUGGUGGCGGUGGCGGCGGUGGCAGCGGGGCGUGAUGUGAUCAAGCGACUAAUGCAUGUAUGGUGCACGGCAUGAGCAGCACGCAUGAUAACCAAUUAGGUUGCACGGUGUACAGCAUGCGGCGCUAACGUUCCGUGAUCUAAUGAUGGGGGAUUAAGCCAUUCCCAAGCGCAGAGCAGGGGGCAUGCAAUGACACACGAGGUUGGGAAAGGCAUGCAGGGGCUGUGCUAACUUUCAUAAGCAAGGAGGGCCACGUAAGCCUGAACUGAUUGCAUAGCUCUUGAUUGCUAAAGACUCCAUGCAUCCUUGCCUCAGUGUGUCAAUGGACUUAAUGAACGCAUGCAUGGAGACGCGCUCUCGACUGUCAUCUCAGCUUUCGACUCUCAUCUCGACUGCUGCCAGCUGCUGCAUGGGUUUGUGAUCUGUCUGCGGCGCGCGCGGACAUGGACGUGGACACUGGACAGUUACGCACGAACUCUGUUACCUGCAUCGUGAGCCGAACGUGUUUGUAGCAACUGGAUCUGUUUUGGUAAAUAUUGGCGUUAAGCGUACUCCGUAC